AUAACUGUAAUGCAGCGUUGUUUGAGCUUCCUUGGAGCUGAACCCGGGAGCUAAAAUAUUAACGAUCUAUAUAAAGCCAUGUAGUAAAAACAGAAAGAGUUGAGUUUGGUUACCUUUUUUAUUGCAGGUGUAGGCCUAUGCCUUUUUAUAGCACCCUUUGUCAUAUGACAAAUCCGCUAGGCCUCGCUUAUUACACUCAUGUGUAUGAAAACAAGAGCCCGAAGUCCAACCAUAGAGCUAUUAAUUCAACAAGGCUGAGUUCGCGUUUCAUUUGUGUACUUCCGCCUAUUGGAUUACACUAGCUACCUGCACUUUCAUGGAGCUAGCUAGCUACGAACAUGAACCUGCUACUAUGGGACUGCACACUCUAGCUGACUACGAAAGACGUGCACGAGAAAUUAUAUCUGAUAGUGCAUGGGUGUAUUACGAUUACGGAAGGGAACGACGAUGGUGCCUCGAAGACAGUGUCAAAGCAUUUUCAAGGUACAGGAUAAGGAGUCAAGUUCUUCAAGAUGUUUCGAAGCGGAGUUUAGCAACCACCGUCCUUGGACAGCCCCUCAAGUACCCGAUAUGCAUCGCCCCCACAGCACUCCACACCUUUGCACACCGAGGGGCCGAAAAGGAGACGAUCAAAGGCGCCGAAGCUGCGGAAACGUUGAUGGUGAUGUCUGCUAGUUCAAGCUUUCCAAUGGAGGAUGUGGCCGCUGCAGCCCCUAAUAGCCACCGGUGGAUGCAGAUAUAUCCAUACGUAGAUCAAGAACUCACGUUAAGUUUUAUUCGGAGGUCGGAGAGUCUGGGGUUCAAAGCCCUUGUCGUGACGGUGGAUUCUCCAGUACGAGGACUAGACAGUAGAAUAUCGGAAGCGUUCAGCCACCCUGACCUUGUGAAUAACCCAGAUGCUCGAAUGGCGGCUUUGGAAGUUGAUAUCCCUUCCUCGCGUGAAGCCUUAGAAAGGGGUGAUCACAAGCUCUACGAAUAUGUGAGGGAGAUGCUGUAUAAUCCGAAAUCAACCUGGGAGUAUAUAAGAUGGAUCCGAAGCAAGACUACUCUACCAGUCGUGUGCAAGGGUAUACUAACGUACGAAUCUGCGCAAGCUGCUGCAAACGCAGGGGUCGAUGGGAUAUUAGUGUCAGCUCACGGAGGAAGGCAGUUGGAUGGCGCCCCAGCACCGAUCGACGCCUUGGCUGAAGUCGUUGACGCUGUCCGUGGAAGCGACGUUGAAGUCUAUAUGGACGGAGGGGUGAGGACGGGAACAGAUGUCUUUAAAGCUUUAGGGAGAGGUGCACGAGCGGUGUUCGUUGGAAGGCCUAUCUUGUGGGGGUUAGCAUGCCAGGGUGCAGAAGGAGUCGAAAACGUUCUUAGUAUACUCCGAUCUCAAUUAAGUGACGUGUUAGGAUUGAGCGGUUGCACGUCACCCAAUACCAUCCCUGAGGGUACAGUUGUACAUGAAUCAUAUUAUCAUCGUCAACCAAACCGGAAAAGAGACAAGAGCAAGUUAUGAUACACCGGGACUUCGAAGGAUUUUUAUAUAGCAAAGAAAAUAGGCAUUCCCUUUAUUUUCCGGUUCAUAAAACUCCUGCAUGUGAAUUAUUUUCUUGACUAUGUAACGUGCGAGUAUAAAUUUCACUUAAGAAGGUCAUAGGUUUGGGGUUCCCUCGAUGGGAAUCUUUAGAAAUUCAGAGUGUUUAUUGUUGAAAAAGCCGGUUUUGCAAUCAAUGAAGGUGCAGUAUUUUCACGACAAAAUAGUGUUAUAAAAUGUACGUACCUAUCCAAUAUACGAUUGACAGAAGUUGCUCAGGUAAUGUGAGGCGUCUUUAAAGCCCGAAUCCACCCCGCGAAUAAGUUGUUUUGAAGGACAUUGGUGAACAUAUCAUGAUAAUUUGAUUGUAAAAUAAGAAGAUUGUGAUUAAAGCAGUUUACCCUACCAAAUAUUGAUUUUAAUGGAAAAAGAGAAAUCAAACUAGAAUAACACUGAUUUUUUUUUACUGACAAAUUGUAAAACCAAAAAAAUAAUAAUUUCACAAAACAUUUAUAUGCACAUCCUUGUCGAUUUGCAAAUAAAGGCAACCAAUGACAUCACA